GGCUCCAGCCUUCAGCUGUGCCUGGAGUGACAAAAAGCGUGCCAGAAGAGAUUGAAGACUGGCCGCAUGGACACGAGGAUGCUGUCUUUGACCCAGCAGGUGGCCAACUGGGCAGAUGAGAUGGACUACUCGGACAAGUAUUGCGAUGAUAUCUACGAAUACAGGCGAGUCACUAUUCCUCGUAAUAUGGUCACUGCACUUCCCGUAGGCCGCACAAUGGAGGAGUGGGAAUGGCGACAGAAUGGUAUCACCAUGUCUCGCGGGUGGGAGCAUUAUGAUCAUCAUGCCCCAGAGGCAAACGUACUGCUUUUUCGGCGCGUGCUCGGGACUGACCCGAAGACUGGACAGAUUCCUCCAAAGAUGGCAUUGAAAGUGCAGCAGAGAAAUCAAUACGUUCACGAACUUGAACAGGAAAGACAGCGAAUGAUUCAAGAGCAGGCGAAUGUUGAAUGCGUCAUGUAUUCCAAAUGCAAUCAUCGUCAUAGCCACAUUGCAGCCAUGACAGCAAGGCACAACGUGAGCAGACUGGUGGCAUGGAGUACUAAUUAGGCGGACAUGCUCACAGUUGCUGAGGUUGCAGUAUCACCCGAAUGCAUGGCGACAACUGCACGUGUCAUGUUAAUAUUUGUUUCUUGGCCUUAGAUUUGGCCUUGAAUUUGGGACCACUGCUUUUUGAUAUUCUUUUUGAAAU